AUGUGUGAAGAGAGCUUCAAACUGCAAUCUGAAAUUCGAAAUCAUCUUACUCAAACACACGGCAUCGAUACAGUAUCGCACGAAUUGAAAUUCAAUUCCGUAGAGACGUUCGAAACAUGGAAGGAAGAAGAAGAAAAAAAAUUGAUUUGCCAAUUUCGUCGGCAGAGGACAAGCAAAAAUAAAAAAAGAAAAACCACAACUGUAACCUACACCUGCUCUAGGUCAGGGCAGCACACGAGCAAAUCAACAAAUAAACGGAAGCUGAAAUUACAAGGAACAAAAAAGAUAGGAGGCUUUUGUCCUGCCAACAUCGUUUCUACACGAACUAAGCACAGUGAUGGUACUUGUUCAUUGUCAAUUUUAUACACGUCAACCCAUGUUGGGCAUACUGUAAAUGACGAAUCUCAAGUAGCCCACAUGAGAAUACCCAUCAAAGAUAGGAACGAAAUUGCCUCGAAAAUUGCAGCAGGAGUUCCGUUCCGCAGGUUGCAGCAGGACUUGAAUGAAAGAAUGCAGGAAGAAGAAUUCACAAGUAAUAAGUUACUUUUAGCAACAAAUGAUGAUUUUAGAAACAUCUCUAAAGCAUUCAACAUUGGAAAUGCGAAUUCCACCAUUGAUACGGAUAUGGAGGAUGUUGAAAAAUUUCUGAAUGAAAACGAGGAAUUCGUUUUAUUUUCAAAAAAACAAAAGGAAACUGUUGACGAGUAUCCGGAAUUGGAAAAAGAUGAUAUUCUGAUUGUUCUGAUGUCUGGAACCCAAAAAAAACUUCUUCAAGAAUUUGGUAAAAUGAUAUGCAUGGAUGGGACCCAUGGGAUUAGCCCAUAUGGGUUUGUGCUGCACACUAUCCUCGUAAUUGACGAAUUCCAGGAAGGUAUACCAGCAGCUUUUGCCAUUUCAAACAAAAGCGACUUACCAACGAUGAAGGCAUACAUAUCGAUUGUGAAGAAGGCAGUUGGGGUAAUUCAAAGUCAAGUUAUAAUGAGUGAUAUGCAGCCAACAUAUGCCAACGCGUGGCAGGCAGUCAUGGGUCCAGCUGAGUUUGGGUCAUUUUAUUGUACAUGGCACGUCCGCGAGGCAUGGCGGAAAAAUCUUAAGAAAAUCGCAGAUAAAAGCACACGAAAGGAGGUCUACAACGAUCUAAUGGCUGUGUCAUGUGAGCGAAGUAUUGCCGAUUUCUCCACAAAAUUGGAAAAUUUUUUAGAUAAGUAUACUGCAAUUGAUGGAUGCAACGAUUUUAUAGAAUACUUCAAAUCCAAUUAUUAUAAUUCCCAGGAGCAGUGGGCUUAUUGCUAUCGUUUCCACAUUGGUAUAAAUACAAACAUGUAUUUAGAAGCUUUUCACAAGAAACUAAAAUAUCACAUUGGCGAUACAAAAAAGAUACGACUUCUGUUUUUUGGUCUAAAUCUGUUGAAAACUUGUAUCUUACAAUUAUAUCGCGAAAGAUUACGCAAAAAAUUUAUUGGAAAACUUUCUUUCAAGUUGAGGAACUUGAGAGCUCGCCAUAAAGAAGCUUUAAAAAGUGCUGAAGAGUUUGUGGUGUCAACUUCGGAUGAAAAUGCCUGGCAUUAUAAGAAUGGAAAACAUACAUUGAUGAAAAAUUUUAAUGAGUGCCCAGAAACUACAUGCCGUUUGAAAUGUGACGAAUGCCUGGUAUGCAUUCAUCAAUUUAUGUGUACAUGUGAGGACGCAUCUAUUCGAGGGAAUAUGCGUAUACAUGUACACAUAUUGUGUCGAAGUAUAAUGAAAAAUGCCGCAGCGCCAAUACCGCCAUCCCUUCCUGCUGAUGAAAGUAGAACUGAAAUUAGAACCAGUACUACUGAGGAGAUCAAUGAACUGAAUGAACCAUCAACUUCCAAGUCCAAAGUUCGAAAUUUGCGGCUCACGCCAGAAAUGAAAACUGAAUAUGAGGAAAGAUUCAGAAAUAUUUUAAAUUCUGACAAUGCAGUUUUGAUCGCCGAUGUCCGAAAGAAAUUAAAAUGCUGGGAACUGCAGUCCCAAAAAAAGAAGUUUUUAAAAUCAAAGUUGACUGGGUUCACCGUAAAUAAGGGUCGCGGAAAAAUAUCAAAACAAAAACGAUUUUUCGCAACUAACAAAAAAUUCAUAAAAAAUAAGAAAAAAUCUCGAAAUACUAAAGUUGUUUAG